CAUUGAAAAUCACAGUAUUGUACUAACACAGCUCAAACUGAUCACACCAUGAAGCUUACAAUAUUUUCAAUCUUUGUUAUUUUCUGCGCUUAUCUAUAUGCAGCCAAAGCCGCUGAUGGAGUGUAUGAGAUCAUCGAUGGAGACUGUAAUUCAGCUCUAGCCAGAGAUCAAGUCUACCAUGAACACGUGCAUAAGACGAGGUUGCCUCUUGUUUCUAGAGAAGCCAAAUCUUCCUGGACUGGCAGCCAAAGGAUCUACUGUCUGAAAGUACUCAACGACAAAGACGAAUCAAAAGGAGCAACAUGUAAAGUCACAGCAGGAGGAGUCGGGAGCACAAAUGUUACAAUCGAAAUGAACUCUGCGAAGAACCAUGGACUCGAAUUUGACAUACAAAUUUAUGCGAGAUAAUUGAAAUUAUAAUCAUAAUUUAAUAAAAAAUAUUUCAAUAUA